AUGGGUGUAAUCCGGAAGAAGACCGCCUCGCGCGGCACCGAAGCAGGCACCAAAUAUCACUGCGAUAUUUGCUCAGCCGAUGUGACUUCAACGGUUCGCAUAUCAUGCGCCCACCCAGCCUGUCAUGAAUACGACCUUUGUGUCCCCUGCUUUGCGGCCGGGGAGAAAUCGAAGAACCACGACCCCUCCACCCAUCCGUACCAGGUCAUCGAACAGAAUUCGGUGCCUAUAUUCCAGGAAGACUGGGGCGCCGAUGAGGAGCUGUUGCUCUUGGAGGGAGCCGAGAUCUACGGGUUGGGGUCGUGGGCAGACAUCGCAGACCAUAUCGGUGGAUACCGCAGCAAGGACGAGGUGCGCGACCACUACAUCCAGACGUACAUCGAGAGUUCCAACUUUCCUUUACCCGAACGAGCGGAUCCCGACGAUACGAGCCUUCAAGAUUCUAUCUCCAAGGAGGAGUUCCAGGCGCGCAAAAAGCGUCGGAUUAAAGAACACAAAGAAGCAGCAAAAGCAGCGCCACCGACCACACCCAAGCAGAAGCCUACUGCCAGUGUCCCGGCAUGCCACGAGGUGCAAGGGUAUAUGCCUGGGCGUUUGGAGUUUGAGACAGAAUUUAUGAAUGAGGCGGAAGAGGCCGUGCAGCACAUGACCUUCGAGCCAGGAGCUGGGGAGACGGUGAAUGGGGAGACGGACGCGGAAUUGGAGUUGAAGAUGACGGUGGUCGACAUUUACAAUUCGCGUCUCACAGCUCGAACAGAACGGAAGAAGAUCCUGUUUGAGCACAACCUGCUGGAAUACCGCAAAAACACUGCGUUGGAGAAGAAGCGCACAAAGGAAGAGAAGGACCUGUUGAACAAGGCCAAACCGUUUGCGCGGAUGAUGAACCAUGAUGAUUUCGAAGAGCUCAACAAGGGCCUAGAGUACGAACAUAACCUUCGGUUGGCGAUCGCGCAGCUACAGGAAUGGCGACAGAUGGGUAUUGGCGACCUCAAGGGCGGCGAAAAGUACGAACAGGAGAAGCAGCAGCGUGCGCAGCGGCUCAUGCCGCAAGGUUCUUUUGAUCGAUUUGCCAGUACGCGACCAAAGCAGUCGCAGCUACCCGAGGGGCCAUCCGCUGCGAGCCAGCUCACGACACCAGAGCUACCUCUACGCUUACAAAAGGCCUCGGGCGCCCCCAAAGCUCUGGAGCCAGCGAACGUACCUAUGAAUGAUUUUGACCGAGCAUUUGCAACCAACGGAGACGGCACGAGCACGCCCCAGCCAGUCAAAGCCAAGUUUGUAGUGCAGCCGCUCACCGGCGUUAUUCCAUGGAAGCUGGAGAACGAAGGCGCACCCGAUCUGCACUUGCUGACAAAAGACGAGGUGGAGGUUUGCAACGUGCUUCACAUCCAGCCGAAGCCAUACCUAGUGAUCAAAGAGACGCUACUCAAGGAGGCGAUGAAGCAGGGAGGUAGUCUGAAGAAGAAGGAUGCCCGAGCUAUCUGCAAGAUUGAUAGUACGAAAUCAAGUCGAAUUUACGAUUUCAUGGUGCAUAGCGGAUGGAUUGACAAGGCAUGA